GGAAAGUGCCAUUUUUCACGAUUUUUCCAGAAUCUUCUACUCACGAUUGAUUCAACAGACGAACACUUAAACAUUGUUCUGCCAGUCUGCGGGUAUAACAGUAUAGUAGCAACAGCGAGUAUAACUACGAUCGAUUCUAUUCAACGUGACUUUUGUUCUGUAACUACUUCAGAUAUCGUUAAAGCAGAAUUAUUUGUUGAGUGAAGAUAUAAAAUUUUAUAUAGAACAUAGCAAUAAGAUAUAAGAAAUGGCACAAGGAAAACUCAAAGUUAAAACAAAAUUGCCAGAUAAGGUAAAAGCAAAAGUAAACAAAGGCAAGAAGGGCCCUGCUAUUCAAAGACGUGGAAAUGCACCUGUGCAACCCAAAAAGGCAAAACUGCAGGAAGCACACAAACUAAAGAAAAUGAUUACAAAAACAGUGAAUAGUACUAUGGAAGAUGAAUUACGAAAAAGGGCUUUAGAUGGAAAAAAAUCUCUCAUAAAAAAAAAUCCUAAUGUAGAAAAGAAAUAAAUGUUAAUUAAUUAUAAAAGAAGUUAUUGUUUUAAUAGAUAAGAUUAUGGACAUAACAUUUCUAAUAUAUUAU